AUGGAUCCGAAAUAUUCCAAACAGAACUUUAAAUCCUCUUAUGGAGCAACAGCGUCUUAUUUUCGUCAACCACGACAACGUAUGACUCCAGAUUACCUUCUCAUCUGGGUGGAUGCUAGCAUCGACGAAGGAAAAAAGGAUUGCCAAGAUAUACUCACUCAAUUGAAGAAUGUCAUCAAUGAUGUCAGCUUAUGCACUGAAUCAAGUCAGUGCAUUCAAGUACUCAACAGGUUUGACAAGGAACAAGCAUUUGUCAUAAUAUCAGACUCAUUAGAUCAACAUUUGGUUCCUGAAAUUCAUGGCAUGCCACAGUUACAUACCAUUUACAUCUUUUGUGGCAACAAAUCCAGAUAUGAUGGAUGGACUCAAAACUGGACAAAAAUUAGAGGUGUUCAUACAAACAUUAAAGACAUUUGUCAAGCAUUGCAAUUAGCGAUUAAGCAACGCUAUCAGGAUUCGAUUGCCGUAAGUUUUCUUCCCAUAAAUGAAAUGGCAUCUGCUGAUAAUUUAAAUCAGUUGGAACCAACAUUUAUGUAUACCCAAAUAUUCAAGUAUAUUCUUCUUGAUAUGAAACAUGGUAAACAAGCCAUCAAACAGUGUAUCCAUUAUUGUCGAAAUAAUAACAGCUUGUCAUCAAUCAAUAUCAAUCUUUUUGAGAAAGAAUACCAUACUAAAUUACCUAUUUGGUGGUACACUUCCCCAUCCAAUAUCUAUUCUAUGCUCAAUUAUGCUCUUCGAACACUGGACGCUGAUGCAAUUAUUACUAUGGGAUUUUUUAUAUGUCAUCUGCAUCAACAAAUUCAAAAUUUAUACGAAGAACAAGUCAAUAGUUAUGGAAGAAAACCAUUUGUAGUUUAUCGAGGACAAGGUCUUAUGAAAUCAGACUUUGAAAAACUUCAGAAAACAAAAGGUGGACUAAUGUCAUUUAACAAUUUCUUGUCCACCAGUACAAAUAAAGAAGUGUCUCUAGGUUUUGCUCAAGCUGCUUUAACGGAACCAAAUAAGGUUGGCAUUCUUUUUAUAAUGUCCAUUGAUCCUUGCUUGAAAUCAACACCAUUUGCCUUCAUUAAAGAAGAGAGUUAUUUUGAGGAAGAAGAUGAAAUUCUUUUUUCGAUGCAUACAGUGUUCCGGGUUAGUGCAAUUAAACAAAUGGACAAUAAGAAUCACAUUUAUCAAGUUGAACUACAAUUAACAUCUGAUGACGAUCAACAACUACGAAUACUGACUGAUAGGAUACGAGAAGAAGCUGAUGGUAAUACUGGAUGGAAAAGAUUGGGUAGCUUAUUGCUGAAAAUAGGCAAAUUUAAUAAAGCUGAAGAACUUUAUAACAUAUUAUUCGAACAGACAUCUGAUCAGAGUGAAAAAGCGCAUUAUUACAACCAGUUGGGAUAUAUCAAACAUGAUCAAGGUAAUUACGAAAAGGCUAUUUGGUAUUACGAACAAGGGCUUGAAAUUAAGCAAAAAAUCCUCCCUUCAAAUCAUCCUUCAUUGGCAACUUCAUACAACAACAUCGGUAGUGUAUAUGACAACAUGAGAGAGUACUCGAAAGCCCUUUCAUUCUAUGACAAAGCACUUAAAAUUCGACAAAAAACUCUUCGUUCAAAUCAUCCUGAUGUGGCUACUUCGUAUAACAACAUCGGUUUGGUGUAUGAGACGAUGGGAAAGUACUCGAAAGCACUUUCAUCUCAUGAAAAAGCACUUGAAAUUUAUCAAAAAAACUCUUCCUUCAAAUCAUCCUUCAUUGGCUACUUUAUAUAA